UGUCUUGUCAUCUUACUACCUCACAAGUUGCUCAAGCACGUCUGCAGUCACACGUUCUCCAAGAUUGUCUCGCAUUGGUUCAACAAAUUCUGGAUUCCAACCACUGCCAUAUCAAACUGCAGCUGAUAGUAUACCGUUUUGAAUAGCGUCACCAACAGUCCGAAGGCUCAACAAAGAGUUGCAGAAAAAUCUUGCUGUUCGCCAUGGACAACCCAGGAUUUCAUAACACCAGACGGGAGCAGGAGAAUCAUGAACUUGGACAUGCCAUCCAACAUGACCUACAGGAAAACAACUCCACCAAAGCAGAUGUCGCUACCGAGAAGCAAGAUGACACUGUCUACCAGGAGAGGUUCGGUUGGGGAAAAUUCAGGCCCGAUUAUUUUCAGUUCUUUGGCACCGUCCAGGGAAUGAUGGUCCUCUUGGUUAUUUGCACCGUGGCCGAGAACAUGACGCAUGGAGGUAUGAUAGGAGCCACCAUCUCUACAAUCGAGAAACGAUAUCAACUUCCAAGCUCCAAGUCAGGCCUCGUGUCAACCAUUUACGAUGUGGCGCACGCGGUAGCAGCUCUCCUGCUCACCUUCAUUGUCAAGACCAGGCGAGGGAAAAUCCAGGGGAUAGCAGCGGGCACCUUCUUGCUCGGACUGGGGCAUUUGCUGUACAGUCUUCCACAUUUCAUCGUAGGGCCGCACAACUAUGGCGAGGCGGUGAGAGUGACGUGUGACCCCGCAUCUAACACCACCUUCACGGCCUGCGUUAAGGAGGAACGAGGUCUCUCUGACUUUCUUUUCGUCUUUCUUUUUGCACAGUGCUUGAACGCGCUCGGAGGUCUGACCAUUUACGUCUUUGGAAGUGACAUCCUCGAAAGCACUGCACCAGCGGGCUCGGGCGGGUUUUAUCUAGGUAUUCUUAAUGCCUUCAAAGGAGCAGCCGGAGCAUUAGGGUUUAUUGUCACUGGUCAGCUUCUGAGGGUUUAUAUCGACUUCGACAAACCUGGGAGUAUUCCCCCUUCAGACGGAUCAGAAGAUGCACGAUGGCUGGGUGCCUGGUGGCUGGGGUUUCCUCCACUUGCCGUAGCCGUAGUUUUGACUGCUCCGUGGAUACUGGGAUUGCCUGAGAAAAUAUCAGCCAAAGAGACCGAAACCAUAGAAAAGGGGAUCAAAAGUGUACCAGAGGAGAGAGAAGAGGAUGCGAGCAAGGCUAAAGGAUUACUAGGAGUCCUCGACUUCUUCAAGCAGGUCUGGGUCCUGUGCACAAAUCCAACAUACAUGUUCACGGUAUUAACGGGCAUCUCUGUCAACAUGUGCAUCACUGGUCUCAACACGUUUGGCAUCAAGUACGUUGAAAACCAAUUCUCCAUGACGGCCGGCUCUGCUUCCAUCGUCACAGGUUUAAGCAUAGUUCUAGCUGGUAUCCUUGGGUCAGUCAUGGGAGGAGUCAUCAUGAAGAAGUACAAGAUGGGGGUGACCGGAUCUCUGAAGCUUGUUUCGAUUGCAACCGCCUUUUUGUUCGCGCUGCCUGUUGCCUUCCUCGUUCGCUGCCCAAACACCAACAUGGCAGGAGUGACAAUUCCGUAUGGGAACGGGUCGAUGCCCCGCACCCCGAUUGUCGGUGUAGAUGCGUUGGAGUCCCCCUGUAACCAGGUCUGCCCCUGCCCGCCAGCUUACAACCCCGUAUGCGGAGAGAACGGUGUGGAGUACUUCUCGCCUUGUCUCGCGGGAUGUCGGAACGUCUCACAGGAACAGCAAUACACAUCGUGUCACUGCCAUGUCGGAAACCAGACGAGAGGUGAGCGGUUUUCGGCGACUUCAGGUCGCUGCUCCAACGGCUGUACUCUGCUUCCGUUGGCGAUGUUUCUCCUGGCUGUCUUCGCGAUGGGGAUUGGCAUGGAUAACGCUCCGAGAGUGGUUAUCAUGCUGAGCUGUGUUAAGCAGAAUCAACGAUCAUUUGCUCUCGGCAUUGACACUAGCAUUCGAGUACUGCUCGGCUCUGUUCCGGCUCCACUUGUCUACGGUGCUCUGGUGGACAAGGCGUGUCUGCUGUGGGACCGGAACUGUGACAAAAGAGGGGCGUGUCUUCUCUAUGACAACGCCUUACUCAGCACUUACAUGGCCAUCCUAAAGACCGUUCUAGCCUCUUGGUCCGUCUUCUGUGCUUGCCUUGCAAUGUUUUUCUGGAAUCGCAGGAAUAUGGAAGCCUACGAGGUUGAAAAAGAGCUCGAAGGAAAUGACGAAGAAAUGUAAUGUGUCUGUGAGGUGAGGGUGAUCAAUAACCAUCCAGAAGGACCAAUCAUGGCCCUCGAUAAGAAUCUGACAGGGUACCCGUGCAAAUUACAGACGGUUUUAAUGUCAGCAUCUCUAGACUAGUUUGGUGAGAAGGGAGUAUGAAAGCCUGGCUUAACUCGACAUGUUGGAACCAUGCAGGCUAGUGAAUGACAGUAUUGUCACAUUGGUCACAGUUGCCAUACGACAGGUUUACCACAGCGAAUUAAGGGCAUUCUUAUACCCGUCACAUUUGGCGAAAAUCAAUCGGACGUCGAUUCUGCGGCGAUCGCCCGAGCCUCGCUUAUGAUAAUAACUUUAUUGCACAACAAUUUCACAAGGCACAAAGUAUCGCUUAUAUGUGACAGGGACAGCAUUCAGGUGAAAAAUACGCGCAACCCUCUGAAAAUCCCGCGAUGGACGAGUGUAAGUAACCGUAUUAUCGAUCAUCAUUAUAAUCUUUCCAACGUUUCGACUAACCUGCUGGAACUUCAAUAUCACAAGGGCUGUCCAAUGGUGACUCGGUUGAUAUUAUUCAUUUAUUCAGUUUCUUAGAACACCCAAGCACUACUCCCACUCGGUUUGUUUGUUUUCCAUAUUUCAGUUAAAUCCAUUUUGAUAACUUCUUACUUAAACUUUCACUUCACCUCAUAGAUUCGACUCGGGCUCUUAUUUGCCUUCAUAUGUCGAAGCGUGCGAUUCGUUUUUCGUUUGAUUCGUUUUUUGUAAUUUUUUUUAUUAUGUAUGUAGUGAGUCUUUACAACUACAACGCUAGCGUUAUCAUAUCCUUAAGCUUUGUUAUUUUUGCUUCCAGUAUUUUGCAAUGUGAUGUUUGUAAACCUUGGUAUACAUGUGAAUAAACAAAUAAAUGGAAUAAGGUA